AGAAAAAUCGUCCGGAAAGGCAAAAAGAAAAAGGACAAAAAAGAGCUGGCGCCCGCUGACUGCUCGAGAGGCAAUGCUUCUACCCGCACAGCCGAAGAUCGUCUCCAAUCUCCCCUUUCUCUCUCUUCGCAUCACUAAAGAAGAUAGAAGCAAGCGAGAGAGGGAAUAAACCCCCCAAAUCCGAAGCGGAGCUCUCUCAUUCUUUCUCGGAUGGAGGAGCUGCUGGCCUCCCGCCCCGGCGGCACGGCAGCCUCCAAGAAGGCGGCCGCGGUGGCGAAAUCGGCCUACGACGAUGUGUUCGGCGGGCCGCCGCGGUACGCAGUGCCGUUCGCCUCCCGACUAGACGACUACUCCGAGAUCUUCGGCGGCCUCGCCGGCCUGUGCUCCAUCCCCGUGCUCGACCUCCCGCCGGCCAUGGAUGGCCUCGACGAUUUUCUGGUCGACGCGCGGAGGUCCGGUUUUGAUUAUGCCAAGAUUUUUGGAGGGUUCGAUGGUGGGGAGUUUUGGGUUCCCUAUCAGGAAUUGUUCGCGGAGCCCAAAAAGGAGGAGGUUUCUUGUUCAAAUGAGAGAGAACAAAGAAGAACUGGAUCUGGUCCACGGGGGACAGAAGUAUCUGAAUUUCCUCCAAAACAUCCUAAAGGAGAUAAUAUGGCAUGCGCAGAAGAGGAUCGAUUCUCAUCUAACUCUAACCAUCCAGAUCAUGGCUUAAAACAGUUGAACAUGUCAUAUAACAAGACAAGCCAAGGAAACAUAGAAAGUGCAAUAAGCGGGAGAACACAUGUAACUCAACUUCAUGCUGUUCCUGGAUUUGCCGUUGUGAUUGAUGGUUGCAACCCCCUGCAGAAUAAUGUAAGCAACAAUCCUCCUGACAUGGUCAAUGGUGAGCUAGCUGAUCUGGAUCAAGGAAAAAAAGUUCUGCCAACCUCGUCUGCUGACAGUACAAAGAGUACAGGAAGUGACUUGAAAGCAGAUCAGAAAUUGUAUGCAACUAAAUUUUCUGCCUCGCAAAAUGAUCAUGUAAAAGCGAAGCACCAUUCAUGCUCUUCUAGCAAUCAAUCAACAAGCACGGUAGAUGUUUCUUCUGCAGAUGCUAUGUAUUUAACCAUAUCUGAUAUUAGUCUUCAGACAGAACCCUUGCAAGUCCCACCACCAUCAAGGCGACCACCUAAGUUAUUUAAUAAGCAGGGGCUUUCCUCAAUGAAGACAUAUGCAAAUGCUGGAACUGAUCUAGAUGAUGUAAAACUACGUAAACCCAUUGCAAGUCAUCAAACUCGAUAUUGUGUGGCCUCUUCCAAAAACCAUGCACAUCAGGAGUCUGUGAAGGGAAGCUCACCUUUUUUUGAUGUGGAUGUGGAUGCUAGUUCAGCUGCUGCAGCUUCUGCCACUGCUAUGAAAGAAGCAAUGGAACUAGCUCAAGGUAGAUUAAAAAGUGCAAAGGAGUCGAUGGAGAGGAAAUGUGAUAAUCUUCAAAGCCGCAAGUUGGGUCAUUAUGAUGUUGUAAAAUGUAAGGGAAGGAAGGUGGACCAUGCUGCCCAAGAAGUAGAAAGCUUCAAUCAAGUGCGAACUCAGAAAACAUUGGUAAAGGAGGAUAAAAAGACUGAUGACAUUUCUUCAGAGGACAGACCUGAAGUCAUAAGUGCAACCAAGAAAACUCUGGAUUAUGAAGAGAAAGGAAGGCAUGUACUAUCAGCUGAAGAGGAUCAACGGUCAAUGCAAGGGAAUAGUUUUAAAUUUUCUGAAGUGUCCCAUAAGUUGGAAAAGAAUUCUGGAAAGUGGAAAACAGAUAAAGAAUUCAAUGAACUGAUAAAUGAUGAGAAGAAUGAUAAAAUGGUCAGAGAGGUCUUUGCUCAGAAUAUUAUUGCGAAGAAUACAAACAAAACCACAAUGAUUAGUGAAGACACAGAAAAUGUGAAUAAAGAUGCCAGAUGGGCUUAUGAGUGUAAAGGAAACGGGCAGUUGAGAGAAGAUGCUGGAAAUAGUGAAAGGACAGAAAAUACUAUGAAAUUGAAAGAUAGUAAUGUAGCUUGCAGGGAGGAAGAAAUCAAGGAGGUGCCAGAUAUGAUUCCUUGUGUGCAUGAAGAGAGAACAAUUAUGCUAGAAGAGGAUCAGGAUCCUGAUAAAGAGGAAAAUGAAAACCCAAGGAAGGUUCAAGAGGCCAGUGUUCAUGAAGAAGAGAUAAAGAAACGAUUUACUAGUGACGAGGCUCGUGCAUGUGAAGAGAGUGAAAAGACAUUGAAACCUUUGGAUGAUGCUUGUAAGUUUGAGGGGAAUUAUGCCAGUGGAAAUGAAGAAAGAAAGUUGGAAGCUGCUAAAGAGGCUUGUGAAGGUGAAAACAAUGAGGAGAAAUUAAGUACAACUGACGUAACUUGUGUACCUUCUGAGCAUGAAGAUAAUUUGCAUGUGGACAGCAGAACAGGUAUUCAGGCUGAAAUCGAGAAGGAAAUUAACGUCCCUCAUGGAUCAUACAUGUGGGAAGGAGGGGAGAAACUGGAAGCAGCUCAGGCAGCUAGUAAGUGUGAAGAUUCUGGAAAGGAAAGAAUAAAAGGAAAUGUUGAAUGCUGUUAUGCAGAAAACAAACAUAGAUCAGAAGACACCUGGGUGCUGCAUGAGCUGGAAAAAAGUAAAAAAGUAAAUGUGACUCAAGAGGCAUGUUUGCGGGUGAAAGAUGAGUUAAAGCUCAAAGUGGAUCCAGAAGCUGAUAAGCUGGAAGGGGAUUUGAAGGAACAGAAAACAGCAACAGGGGCCAUGGGGCAUGAAGAACAAGAGAAGAAAACAGGAUCGGCAAAAGAGCCAUGCUGGCAAGAUUGCAAUGAAACGAAAAUGGCAGAUGCUCAACUGGAAUUUGUGCAAAAUGACAAGAAACAAGAGGGAGAUCAAGUGCUGCUUCAGCUGGGAAAUGAGCAGACUGUAUUUGUAAGUGACCAUGGAGAGAGGAGAAGUAAGGAUGUUAAAGAAGUUCAUGUGGCAUCUGAUAUUAUUGAAGAAGUUAAAAAAUUGAAUGGAAUUCGAGGGAUCUUCAAGAGGUCUGUAGACAGAGUUAUGGAAGAUACUCAACAAGAUUGCUUGUUGGCUAAGAAAGGUGAAAUACCAAAUUCAGCUAAAGAUGGUAUGGCGAGUAGUGCUUUGGCUUCUGAUAGAUCUGAUAAAACUGCUAACAAUUUUCAUAGAAGAGAAGAAAGGAAAAAUGAAAGAAGAAUAGAAAGAGAAACAGAUCAAGUGAAAGAGGAGGCAAGAAACUUCGAGGAAGAGAAAGAGAGGGAGAAAGAAAGAGAAAAGGACAGAUUUGCUGUUGAAAGAGCUACCCGUGAAGCACAUAAGAGGGCAUUUGCUGAAGCCCGGGAAAGGGCAGAAAGGAUGGCAGUGGAGAGGGUCAUUGCUGAAGCUAGACAACGAGCACUAGCAGAGGCCCGAGAGAAAGCAGAGAAGGCUUCUCUUGAAGCUCAGGAAAGAUCACUAGCUGAGAAAGCUUUGAGAGAAGCUAGAUUGAGGGUGGAGCGUGCUGCAGUGGAGCGAGCAACUGCAGAAGCUCGGGAUCGUGCUGUAGAAAGAGCACUUGCUGAAAAAGCUGCUUCAGAAGCAAGAGAACGCAUGGAGAGAUCUAAUGCUACUUCUAGGGACAAGAUGAGGAAAGAUAAUGUGGCAGAGGAUGAUUUUAAGACCAGAGAUAAGGACAUGCAGGAUGUUGCAUAUUUUCAAAGUAGAAGUUCUUCUGGCAGUUGCCAAAUAUAUUCAGAUUUUAACAGUCAAGAUGAGGGUGAAUCAAAUUUAAGAUAUAAAGCAAGACUUGAGAGGCAUCAACGGACAGUUGAACGUGCAGCAAAAGCUCUUGCAGAAAAGAAUAGGCGUGACCUUCUGGCACAAAGAGAGCAGGCAGAAAGAAAUAGGUUAGCAGAGUAUCUGGACGCUGAAGUCAAGAGAUGGUCAAAUGGAAAAGAAGGAAAUUUGCGGGCUUUGUUGUCAACACUGCAAUAUAUCCUUGGGCCUGAGAGUGGCUGGCAGCCAAUUCCAUUGACAGAUGUUAUUACAGCUCCUGCUGUAAAGAAAGCUUACAGGAAAGCUACCCUUUGCGUUCAUCCAGAUAAAUUGCAGCAGAGGGGUGCUAGCACUCAACAGAAGUACAUUUGUGAGAAGGUUUUUGACCUCCUUAAGGAAGCUUGGAAUAGAUUCAACUCAGAAGAGCGAUAGCAGAUGGAAUAGGUACUAUAUAUUGUUCAUAGUUCAAGCUCUAGGUGACGUAGAGUAAGAGGCAAUGUAAUUUUGGUCCAACAAGUUUGAUAACAUUGCUAAAUUAUAAUCAUUCUUUUGCAUUUAUAUGUGUAGUUUCAAGAAAUUUAUAUUAGAAUUUAAGUCCUGCUCCAACCAGAUAUAACAGAUAGCAAAAGGCGUUUCCAGAGCAAUGAAAUCCAUGGUGCAAGAAGUGUAUUAUUUCUCA